AUGGAGCCCCCUCAUCUCCUCUGCCUCUUUCUUCCCCUCCUCCUCCCUGGGAUGUGGGCAGACCCAAAGGAGACGCAGGUUUUCCAGCUGCUCCAGACCAGCCUCUUCGCCAACUUCAGCUCUGCUGAGGUGUUUGGGGUGGCUCUCUUGGGGGACGUGCCCAUCUUCUCACUGGAUCCUGCCAAUUGGAACAUCCACUUCCACUGGCCCUGGGCCCUCCAGGCCACAGCAGAGGGUGAUGCGGAGAAGAUCAAGUCCCAUUCCAAACUCUUUCUGCGCAACCUUGUCCGAUAUGUGCAUGAAAUGGCCCAUCAGGCACAACUGGACUACCCAUUGGUGGUCCAGAUCCGUGCAGGCUGUGUGCUGCACCCCAAUAGGACAAGCUGGGGCUUCAUGGAUGUUGGGGAGGGUGGCAGAGACCUCACAGCUUUCGAGAUGGAGAGGCAGUGCUGGGAACCCCGGCAGCCAUCCCCACUAGCAGCGCUAGUCAGCAAGUCCCUCACCAGCAAGAAGUCCAUCACAGGGCUCCUGGAACAUCUCCUCUCCAUCUCCUGCAAGAGCCACAUCCUCACCCUGUGCAGGCAUGGGAGGGCUGAGCUGGAGAGACAAGAGCUGCCUGUGGCU